AUGGAGGGCGGGGGGGUAGCCAGGGCGGCCUGCGAGGAGUGCGGGGAGAAAAACGUGUGCAUGAUGAAACCCUCCAAUAGGAAGAAGCUCUGCAGGGACUGCUUCACCGAGGGAUUCGAAGAAGACGUACACGAGACCAUCCUAAAAAAAAACAUGUUUGAUGAGAAGGACAAAAUCUGCAUUGCCGUGUCGGGUGGAAAGGACUCUAGUGUCCUAGCACACGUCCUUGUUCACAUCAAAAGGAAGCACAACUACAAAUGGGACCUAUUCCUCUUAGCCAUCGAUGAGGGCAUAAAAGGGUAUCGUGAUGACUCACUAAAAAUUGUAUUUAAGCUUCAGGAGAAGUACAAUCUGCCCCUUAAAGUCCUAAAGUUCGAGGAUAUUUUCACCUACAGUAUGGAUACUGUUGUUAGUUUUAUUGGGAAGAAGAACAACUGCACCGUUUGCGGGGUCUUUCGGAGACAGGCAAUGGAGAGGGGUGCACUACUAUUUAAUGCAACGAAGCUAGUGACGGGGCAUAAUGCCGACGACUUGGCAGAGACCAUUCUUAUGAAUAUGUGCAGGGGCGAUUUGGAGAAGCUGGCCAAGGGCGUGGACGCGAUGUCGGCGGGGAAAAUGGGCACAUCAGAGGUGGGGAAAGAAGCGGUGGGGAAAGAAGCGGUGGGGAAAGAAGCGGUGGAGAAAGAAGAAAUGGAGAAAGGUGAGCCCCUCAUGUGGUGUUACGAGAAGGAAAUCGUCCUGUACGCAUUUUACAAAAAGUUGGACUACUUCAGCACGGAGUGCACCUACUCUCCCAACUCAUUCCGUGGAAAUUUACGGAGCUUCAUAAAAGAUCUAGAAAUGAUUAACCCGCAGUUCAUAGUUAAUAUUAUUCAUUCCUCGGAGUUCUUUUAUCACAACAGCAGCAGGAGGAAGGUGCUUCAAAUGUGCACUCGCUGUGGUGCGUACACGUCCAACCCGGUGUGCAAAGCUUGCCUAAUCGUGGAGGGGCUGCGAAAUUAUAAAGAUAAUUCGUUUCUAUACGCCAAUACGAGGAAGAAGAAAGGGGGGGAGAAGGGGGAGAGGCGCCGCAUCCCCAUACGGUACGACCUGGGUACGGGUGCGGAAGAUGCCGUUGCACAUGUGGAAGGUGCCAAGAGUGAUAGCAAUGCCAAUGUAGGGGGUGGUGCGGAAGCUCCUGCUUAA